CGUUCUGUUCGGUAAUGCAAGCAGCAGCAGCUUCUGGAGGAGGAAGAGGAGGAGGAAGAGGAGAGGAGGGGAGGGGGAGGAGAGGAGGAGGAGGAGGAGGAGGAAGCAAAGAAAACCUGAAGUGGAGUGUGGGGUAGUGGACUGGCAGACAGACACAGAGAGAGCGAGAGAGAGAGAGGGAGGGAGGGAGGGGAGGGAGGGGAGGUAGUAGAGAGAGCGAGGGUGAGAAAGAGAGAGAGAGAGAGAAGACGGGGUGGGGAAUGGCAGAGGAGGAGCAGAGGACGAGGCGGAGGUGUUGGCAGCGAACGUCGACGACGGGGGAGGAGUGGAAAGGACUGGGAGUGGGAGGAGCAUCAGCAUCGACGACGAAACAGGAAGCGGAGGCAGGAGGCGAUGCUGCUGUGAUGGUGCUGGUGCCGCGGAAUAAGAACCACUACUGUCGUAGCGCAUCGGUGUUGCUGCAGCUCGUGCAGUCGGGGAAUCCCAUAGCGUAAGAAAUAAGUAGCUGGAACGAAGGAACGAACGGGGAGGAGAGGAAUUUCUCCUCGUCAUGAUGGUGAUUGCGGUGGCGCUCGAGGUGCUUUUGCUACCGUAGUGGAUGCGUAUGGUAUGUAUCAGUGCUCUGUUCCGGACGAAUACGUCGGCCAAAGGAGGAGGCGGAGACUCGGGACUGUUGUUGUUGGACUGUGGAUGGUGUGACAGAAGAGGUUCUUUUCGCAGAGGAGGACGAGGACGAGCGAGGUUUGGCCUUCUUAGGGUUUGCGGUGCGAGGAGGAGUUGGAGAAGGCAGACAGAUCGAGGCUAAGAGCAAGUUUCGUCUGUUGUUGCGCCACGGGAGCAGAGGGCAGGUGAGGUGAGGGGAUGUGUUUAAGGCGAAGGGGGUUGAGUGAGCCGGGCGUGUGGUCGUUUGUGUUUGAAAGAGGAAGUGCAGUUUGAGCGCUUGGGCGUGGCACGGGCGCGAGUGGCGAACAGAGCAGCGAACGGGGCGUGGUGUUUUUUUGCGGGGGUCCGUGUGGGCACGCUGAAUGUGUGUGGCGGGCGUUGCGAAAGCCGUUACGCAAGUGGUGGAGAUAUUAGUGUAGGCCGGUUUGUACGCUUGGGGGAGCUACAUUUAUGGCCGUCAUCAAGCCAGAGGAAGAGGUCGAUUCUCUGGCUGUCCCAAUAGUGGCGAAGAGCACAAUGCCGACGGGAACGUCACUACCCCUAAUUCCUUCAUCGUCGUUUAUUUGGUUAGAAACUUUCGACGGAGUUGUGCAUGAAGUCGAGCGGGAUGUCACCAUGUUGUGUCCGCUGCUUCACAGAGAGGUGGUGCAAAAUAGUCAGGGGAUCAAUAAGAGAUCGGCUAUCGUGCUUCCCAGUCAAGUCGGACCUAGCAUUCUUAAACUUAUUCUUGAGUACUGUCGCUUCCAUCAAGUUCCCGGUCGUUCAGAUAAAGAACGAAAAAUGUUUGAUGAGAAAUUCAUCCGGCUCGACACGAGAAGGUUAUGCGAACUCGCCUCAGCUGCGAAAAGCUUGGACAUGAAUCCCCUGGUGGAUUUGGCGUGUCGGGCGCUUGCCAGAAUGAUUGAAGGAAUGACGCCCGAAGAGAUGCGUGAAACCUUCCAUCUGCCUGACGAUCUCACCGAGGAGGAAAAGCUAGAGCCCGUGAAAAUUACCACCGAUGAUCCGCGCAUUAGAUUGCUAAAUCAGCUAUAUGCGAGAAAGCGGAGAGCUUUGCAAGAGAAGAAAAGGCGUAAGGACGAAGGAGCGUCCGCUGGUCAGAGUAGCGCAGCAGAUGAUGGGCACAGGGACGAGCGUUCUGUAGAUGACCUUCUGUCGUUUAUUGAUGGUAGUGGGCGGGACGGAAAGGGAAAUAGGAGAGGAAAAUCUAAGAAGAAACGGAACAGGAGGAAGAAAGAGCAGGCUAAGGACCCUAACGUGGUGGAAAUCCCUGAAAAUAGGACACAGAGUACACAUUCUGCAAGUGAUACUCGACAGUCAGCUCACGAUUCGAGGGAGGGACAAGGAGCUAAAGUUAUUGGGGAAACCGAAAUUGCCACUGACGGGGGUUUGGGAUACGAUUCUGCUGAAUUUGACGACGACGAAGAUGACGGGUUGGAUCCCGAGAUGAAAGAGAAACUCGACAGGGAAGUGGAAGACUUUGCCAGGCGGCUCAAUUCUGGUUGGCCUGAUCGAAUACAGGAGAUCCUCGCUCUUGCCUCGUCUAGUCAAGAAAGGACUCGAAACAUUGCCCCUUUGUCGUCCAAGUUGGCUACAGGGCGCGAGUGUGACUCUUAUUGUCGCGAGCCUGUCAACUCUAGGGAUGAAUUUCCGCAAGAAGUCACAGUUCAUAAUGGGGGUAGUGAGGAGUCACAGAGGAGGAAUCCCCCAGAGGCAGAAUCAUCACAAUGUAAGUUUAGGCUCUCUGAGGCCCUUUCAGAAAAAUAAAAUUGGCGAAGGUUUGUAAAAGGGUUCCUACAAACCCUUAGGCAUUGGCAAAUUCCUGAUUCUUAGCAGUUUCCGAUUCUUGAAAGGAAAGUGGAUGGCAAUGUUUUGUGCUCUUUUUCCAUGUAGAGAAUUCUUUAGCAACCCUGUACAAUCUCAUAAAUUUUUGGGCAAAUUUUAGACAUGUGGAAAUCCAUUUGUACGGGACCCUGCAUGUGAUAGUGUGAGACCACGUACUCACACUCACAUAUACAAAGUUAACUGCCUCCUGUCGUUGACGCAGUGUCCUGAUAAUUGUUUUGAGUGCUAGAAAGGAUGAUCCUUCAUGAUUAGAUUGGUAGAUAAUAAGGAAAUUCCUCGACAGCAGGUUUCUAAUGCAUGAUCGAAUAUUCUUCACUUGAAGUGAAGGUUUGGUGGUUACAAUUGUGCUCAAAUGAUAUCCAGUUUUAGGCUUCGCUCGAGUAUGUGGAACUCUAGCUUUAUCCUCUUACCUGUUGAUGCGCUACGCUGUCUGUGUGUACUGUAGAGCUCUAACUCUCGUCUGAACUUGUGGAUGGGUGUGUUGGAGAUUGAAUCAUUAGUCGUAAACCAGUAACGUUGUGCUUCGUCUGGGGUUUUGGAAUGCAAAAUAAACAUCAAGUAUUUCAGUAAGAUUAGCCUACUCCACUUAAAAAGUCCUCUUCCUCUCUAGCUCGUGUCGACGCUGAUGAUGGCUGAACCUUGAACUCACGCGUUCUGUAGGAUAUGGAGGGUUUUGCUGAAGUAAAUAUCAUGAAUGUUGAAAUCGACUUAUCUCGUUACACCAGAAAAUGUUUGUUUCUUGUCGGUGAUGGAACUUAGUGGUAUCAAGAGUAGGAGGUAAUGAGAUUGAUAGGUUGUGUCUUUGUUUCUGUCAUCGUCUGUCACUUACAGACGGGCAGGCUUUCAAAACCAUCAGUAGUUACCAUGUGGCUAUCUAUGUGGGUGGACUUUCAUCAAUAGAUGCUGAAUAUGUUGGUUAUAGUCAAAUGUCGAAACACCUCAAACUACACGUUUAUGUUGUGGUGUUGUUUCACUUUUAGUCCCGAUACGUCGUCGGCCUUGUAAGUAUCAAUUUUGACUCGCAUUGGUGAUCACGUCGAACAAUGCCCAUGAUUCAACUGCCACACAGACGUCACGGAGAAUUUGAGGUGAGUCCAACUGAAAUCGCUUGUUACUUUGACUUCUGUUCGACUGUGAUUACUCUAUUUCGGUGAAGAGGGCUCAGAAGAAAAGACGCAAUGAGGAAGGUGCUACAGUUGUUUGACCCGGAGACCUUCCAGUUCUGCUUGGAAGUCAGGUUGUGGAUCGCGACCAGUAUACUUUCCUGCAGAUUUGUACGUCUAAGUACACAUUUUGUGGGAAUAUGCUUGUGUCAUCACCGUCCGAUUACCUUUUCAUCAUUACACCAAUGCUGAUCUGUUAGAAAGCCUUGUUUUGUAGUUUUGUUCUAAGAUUGUUGUGUCUUGAGGCCGCUUCUGGGCCACCGCAGAGGUCGUAGAAGCCUAGCUUUUAACGUCUAUUUCCACUACUCUAUCAAUUGCUAUGUAGGAAUGGAUGUGGCACAUACACUCCAUUCGAUGCCUGCUGGUAUAUCCUCUGAUAGUUGCGUUGCCUCCUUGGUCGUCCUACUGAUGCAUACUUUGACUUUGUUGCCUUUUCACCUAGUAAUCGGGUGCUUUCAUGUUAUAUCUUUCGAUGGUUUACUGUCUACGGUAGCCUGGAGACAUUAGUUCUUACAGACAUUCCACCCCCUGCACUGCUCUGCCUGGAAGCAGCUGGGUCCGAAUAUAUAACACACCAGGUGCCUCCUAGUCUUUCCAAGCUCAGAAGCACAAAAGCAAGCAACUAUGCAACCAAUUCGAUUUCUAUAUCAGAAAGUCAAUGCCUUACGAUCGAGAAUCAGUUUCCAACACAACGCUGCGAACGGCAUAAAUUACACUUGAUUG